GUAUUGAUAGUUUUUGAUUAAAAAAUCAACGUUGAACUAAACUUAAUUAAUAGACGAAAAUGUUGAGAAUUACGUGAAAACGUGGUUUAGCAAAAUUGAAAAACAGAUAAAAUUGGUAUCCCUCAUUUUUUUUUUUAUUAUUUAUAUAAUUUUAUGUUUGUCCUGCGUAAAAAAAUAAUAUAUCAGUAAAUAACUUGUUAUCGUUCACCAAACAACUCCUACAAAAGGAACACCAGAAGCAAAUCCGUGCCCAACUCGAACUGCGGCAAAAAGCAAAACGGAGCAAGUAAAAUGGGUGCACUGAGCCGAGCUCUGACUAGCAAUGCCGCCAUCAACACCGCUCUCACCGCCGCACUCGGCUUUCUGAUGGUGAGAUCGGUGGUGCAGGAGCGAUCGAUCCAGGCGCUGGAGGCGCAUAACGGAGUCCUGCUCGAGGAAAACAAGCUCAUGAAAGACACAAGAUGGGACUGGAAGCAGAAGCUCUACGCGGAGGCCGAAGAAAAUCCCCAGAAUGCCCCUGUGCUCAUCUCUACUCUCAAGUCUCUCUACGGUGAGGCUGUCGCCGCCCCGACCUCCGACGCACUUGUUGGCCGAGAUGAUAAGCAAGACGGAAAAGUGCCCGCACCAAAAAUCAUGACCUAAGAGGGCAGCAGGUGUCUCUUUUGAAGUCUUACCCAUUUCAAUUUGAUGCACAUUAACCUGCAAAAUGCAAAUGUCUUAUGACGUUUUUAGUAUCUGUAAUUCGUCAUGAAAUUAAUGUGGCCAACGGGCUGGACCUGCCGGUUGCCUGACCGGCAGGUAAACGGUUUACCCUUUAAUGGCUUUAGCCUCUACUAUUCUGUGUUGACCUGAAAAGUGCUCUCUACAUUGAAUUGAAGUAUUGAACAAAGCUAUUAGAAUGAAUUUGGUCCAAAAUUCAAUUCAUAGCCUUUGAUAUUUGGAUAUUUGUCGCAGCAAAAUUGGGCACACACAAUUAUUUGCUUUUUUUCUUUUUUUUGGAUCUUUCCUGAAAUUAAACAAUGUCAGAUGUCACUCGGAUUAUGCAAUUUACAGGCGAGGCGUGUAUUCGUAUGAGAUUUCGAGUGAUAUUUUGAGACAUUUUAAGAUUUGAAAUUUUUUUAGAUUUUCGAAAUUUGGAGAAAUCCUAUGAAAUCUUAAGUUUGGUGGUGAAAUUUAGAGUAGUAUUUCUCGCAUAAAGUUUUUUCAUUUGAAAUCAAAGCAAAUCUUAA